AUGGGCACGCUACCAGACACCGAGUCCAUACGUCUGGAUGACCGCACGAUCGCGCCCGAGGAAGAAAGCCUUCGUGUGGCGGAGUCGGAGGAGAAGUCGGACCCAUCUGAGUGUCAGGGAAUCCUUCCCGAGUUGGCAGCGCGGGAGUACCAGCUCGCCUGGUACGUACUCGACGGCUGCGCGCCGGACGCGAUAUACGCGCUCGACAUUCUCGGUGCAGGGAUGCCACGUGACGCGAUGACGUCGCGACACGUUACCGACACGUGCACUGAUUGGUGCGCCAUUAGCGACAGGAAUCAGAUCCCAUCACACUUCGAGAUAAUAGAUUUGCGACUGACGGCGACACCAAUCGACAAGAUUGCCGCUAUUAAAUCGCACAAAGUCGAUACGUCGCCCGCAUCCGCCACAACGGAAGCAAUGGUGUCGUGCGCUGCCGACCAGCCGACGCCGUCGUCGUCGUCGCCGUCACGCGUCAGAGACGGCGACGAGGCGACGCCCGAAGAACGCGAGAAGCUGCUCGUGACGACGACCUCGUCGGCAGCCGCCGCCGUCGUCGUCGUCGGCAAUGGUUCUCCGGCGCGCACGAGCUGGAGGAAGGUGCGGCAAGGCGUCGCCGUCACGAGCGCGAUGGCGUCGUCGCUCGACACGAAGAAGCGACGCAUGAAGAAAACGGGCGGCGGUUUGAGCCGGCAGGACUCGUUCAUGGCUCGCUUCUCGACGCGUCAGCAGGCCGACGACGCCGGCGACAUCGAGCGGCAUCGCAGUCGGCAGGAGGGCACGCGUCUGGCGCGAUGCCGCGCGAAGCUGCUACGUCGACUGUUCGGCGUCAUCACGACCGACUCGACGUUCAUGGGUUACUGGUUGCUCGUGCUCACUAGCGCCGUGCUCUACAACGUGUGGAUGUGCAUCGCACGGGAAUCCUUCCCCGAGUUGCAGCGCGAGUACCAGCUCGCCUGGUACGUACUCGACGGCUGCGCCGACGCGAUAUACGCGCUCGACAUUCUCGUGCAGGUGCGCACCGGUUACCUGGAGCAAGGCAUCGUUAUCACUGACGCACGUAAGCUCGCCGCGCACUACCUGCGCUCGAAGCACGUCAUCGUCGACGUCCUGUCGUUGACCCCGCUUGACCUCGUGCAGCUGUGGACGGCCGAGCGACAUCCAAUGCUGCGCUUCCCGCGCUACUUGAAGGCCUACCGCGCCGUCGGCCUCUACUACAACAUCGAGUCGCGGUCGGCGUUUCCGAAUCUGUGGCGCGUAGUCAAUCUCAUCCACAUCCUGUUGCUGCUAGCGCACUGGUUCGCCGGUUUCUACUACACCAUCUCCGUCUCGGAGAACUUCGUCGGCCGCUGGACGUACCCGACGCCCGUCGGUGUCUUCGCGACGCUGCGACGCAAGUACCUCGCCUGCUUGUACUGGUCGACGCUGACGCUGACGACUAUCGGCGACCUGCCGCCGCCCGAAACCAACUCGCACCAAAAAUUGUAUUGUCGUUCGUACGUCUUCACUAUUGUCAGCUACCUCAUAGGAGUAUUUGUAUUCGCCACAAUCGUUGGUCAAGUAGGAAACAUCAUAACAAACCGUAACGCAAAUCGGCUGGAGUUCGAACGUCUACUGGAUGGUGCGAAACAGUACAUGCGGAAUCAUUCCGUACCGAUGGACAUGCAGAAGCGAGUUAUGAGAUGGUACAUCUACUCCUGGUCAAGAGGAAGCGUCAAUGGCGGUGGAGACAUCCACUCUCUCGGUCUGCUGCCGGACAAACUCAAGACGGAGCUUGCACUACAUGUUAACCUCAGCACGCUGAAGAAGGUGACGAUAUUUCAAGAGUGCCAGCCGGAGUUUCUACACGAUCUCGUGCUGAAGAUGAAGGGGUCCAUCUUCACUCCCGGUGAUCUCAUCUGCAGGAAGGGCGAAGUCGCGAGAGAGAUGUUCAUCAUUGCAGACGGAAUUCUCGAAGUGAUCGGAUGCAGUGCCGCGUCUCUACACUGUAAGGUUCGCGAUCUAUUGGAUCCCAUCACGCUGACCACCGCUAAAUAA